GCAGCGUAGGACGAAGAAGCCUCCCGCAUUGAGGAAGAUGAAGGCCCCCACUGCGCUGCUUCGAAAGAAAUGGGACGCCAUCGUGGUGGGCGGGGGACACAAUGGACUCGUAGCUGCCGCGUAUCUGGCAAAGGCCGGAAAGAGCGUCUGCGUGCUGGAAAAGAGACACAUUGUCGGCGGUGCGGCGGUGACCGAGGAAAUCUUCCCUGGGUUUAAGUUCUCGCGGGCAUCGUAUGUGUUCUCGCUCUUCCGGCCGCAAAUUAUCAAGGAUCUGGAUCUGCAUCGACACGGACUCGAGGUUUUCGUUCGAGAUCCGUCAUCAUUCACACCGACUCGUGGCGGCCGCAGCCUCAUCCUCGGUAGUGAUAUGCAGCAAACUCAAGCAAGUAUUGCUCAAUUUUCAACUGCAGACGCGAAAGCAUACCCGGUGUACAGUAAGAUGUUGGAGGACAUGGUGGAUUUCUUCUUGCCAAUGCUUGAUGAGCCUCCUCCAGAUCUCCACACUGCUUUUGACUCCAAGUCUUCUCUCAGCCGGCGUGUAGAAGCAGCAAAAGCUAUGGCGCACUUAGGCUAUCGCUGCGGCAAACUUGGAAGCGAGUUGACUACCUUUGCGGAAUUUAUGACGGCCCCCGCGACUAAGAUCCUCGACAAAUGGUUCGAGUCGGAUGUGUUGAAAGCCACGCUCGCUACUGAUGCCAUUAUAGGCGCGAAGGUUUCUCCUUCGACUCCUGGAUCCGCCUAUAUUCUCUUCCACCACGUCAUGGGUGAAGUGAACGGUAUCAAGGGUGCUUGGGGACAUGUAAAAGGUGGAAUGGGUGGAGUUUCCAAAGCUAUCGAAAAAGCUGCAACUGAGGCCGGCGCCGAAAUCCACGUUAGCAGUCCUGUCAAAUCCAUUAGUGUGCAUGAUGGGAAAGCGCGUGGAGUUUGUCUACAAAGCGGGGACGUGAUCGAAUCAGACUGUAUUCUAUCGAAUGCGAGCCCAGUUACCACCGUGCUUGACUUGCUUGAUCAGAACGAUUUACCAGAGGAGGUAGUCAAGCAUUUUAGGCGAAACUGGAACAGCGAGUCGGCUUCAACGAAGAUCAAUGUAGCGCUCGACAAACUACCAAACUUUUCGUGUUUCCCCAACGCGGGAGAUGGAAAUGUGCCGAUGCCAAACCAUUAUGGCACUAUUCAUUUCGAGGACUCGCUGGACCAGAUUGAGGACGCUUUCUUGGACGCCCAGCAUGGAAUUUGCUCGAAACGGCCUGUAAUCGAGAUGAACAUCCCGACGUCGCUGGACCCAACUAUUGCCCCUCCAGGAAAACACAUCGCUCUUUUGUUCGUGCAGUACACGCCAUACGAACCAAAGGAUGGAACGUGGAGUGAACCGGGGAAAAAGGAACGAUUCGCGAACCAAGUUUUCUCGGUAAUCGACGAGUACGCACCGGGUUUCACGAAAUCAAUCAUCGACUAUGAGAUACUCACGCCGCCUGAUCUUGAGCAAGUGUUCUCGCUUCCGAGAGGGAAUAUUUUUCACGGUGCCAUGGGCUUGGAUCAGCUCUUCUGGAUGAGACCAAUGCCUGGCUAUUCGAGCUACCGGUCUCCAAUCGAAGGUCUGUACUUCUGCUCCGCCGGCACGCAUCCUGGAGGCGGCGUGAUGGGAGCCUGUGGGCGUAAUGCAGCCAUGGUUUGCUUGAAAGACCAGAAGCUUCGCAAGUGAGGACCUCUUUGAUUGCUUGAAAACAGGUAAACGCGUAGUCAAAAAAUAAUUUACCUUUAGUAGUGUUCUACGUGCAUCUGCUGGUACAACUACGGCGCAGUUCUUUUGUUCAGUGGGUUCAGGCU